AGCCCAAAAAAGGGGGAAUGGCCAACCGUCCGAAGACCGGACGUGCACAUGGCCGUUGAGUUUAUGAGCAGAGUUGCGAAGUCACCGUGCUCUCUCACGGCAUGUCCGGCAAGACGUUUGGUCCCAGCAGCCGCGACUCCAGUCGUUCCCCUUCGCCAACCUCUACGAAGUCGGCCUCUCCCAAGGCAGUGGGACAAGUUCUCGACCGGAGUCCAACAGGCAACUCCAAACCUGACCUCCGAAGGAGUCAGUCCAGGAAGUCCAAAGGCCAAGGCAUCGCCGGAGAAGUCCAAGGAAAAGACCAAGGACAAGACAGAGAAGAACAAGGGAGGAAAAAGUCAAGGCAAUCCUGGCAAAGACAAGAAACCUGGGAAGCCAACUGGAGAAGAGUUUUAUUCUUCUAUCCCUGCGGGUACUCCAUUCGCCAAACUGGGCAGCCUCAAGGAUGUGGCAGCGGACCCUGAGGCCUUUCCAGAGCUUCUUGUACAGAAGUUGGAACUGUGCAUGCAGGUGUACAACUUCCAAAAAGAUGACUGCAUGCCGGAGAAGGAGGGGAAGCGCUUCACCCUUCUGGAGAUCCUGCAUUAUUGGCCAAGCAUUGAGAAGGAGGAGGUGAGCAAGACCAGAAGCAACAAAAAGUCACCUGCAAUAAGUGCUGAUGACGCCGUGAACUCCUCCACUGGUCCUUUGUUCAGCAGCGCAGGCACUGAAUCAUCGGAAGUCUCAGCGAAGGCGCUCACCACACCCGUGCUGGCUGCAGCCGUCAAGGUGGUGCGAGCCAAUGCCUUUCGAAGCAUGAUGCACAAAGAACGAACUCCCAUGGAUCUUCUGGAUGGUGAUGAUGAUGAGCCAUUAUUAGAGCCAACUUGGCCACACCUGGAACUGGUCUAUGAGCUGCUGAUGAAAAUUAUUUCAGCCAAGGAUGUGGACUACAGCGCUGCACAGAGUGCGGGCCUUGACAAGCCAUUUGUCAUUUGUUUAGUCAAUCUCAUGGACACAGAUGAUCCAAGAGAACGCGAGGUGCUGAAGAACCUCAUCACGAAACUCUUCAGCAAGAUUAGUAACUUUCGAUCCACUGUGCGUAAAUCGAUCCAGAGCUUUUGCCAGAGAGCCGUGAGCCUGGAACAUGGCGAGGCUCCUGCCUACGGGCUGUCAGAAGUGCUGGAGAUCCUAGCUGUCCGCAUCGUGAGUGGCUUCGCCACACCCCUGAGGAAGGAGCAGAAGGACCUCCUCACAGAGAUCCUGAUGCCUUUGUACAAGCUGGACUUUCUGGUUUCCUUCCACUCUCAACUCAAGGACGUGGUCCGCAUCUUCUGCAAGAAAGAUGCCACCCUGAUCAAACCUGUCGCCCAAGCGCUCUUGCGCUACUGGCCGCACUGUGCUAGCUCCAAGCAAACCAUCUUCCUUGGAGAGUUAGAAGACAUGAUCCACACCAUGCCUGCUGUGGACUUCAAGUCCAUUGGAGCAGCCUGUGCUCAACAGAUUUCGGCGUGUUGUGUGUCAUGUCACUCCGAGGUGGCUGAGAAGGCGCUGGGCAUUUGGCGUCAUCAGCCAACCGUGCGCUCGACAGUGCAGAACUGUCGAGAAGAGCUGCCCUUGGUGGUGAGCCGUUUGUACAGCAAUGUCACCCAGGCAUGGGGGCCAAAUGUGAUGUCCAAAACUAUGGAUGUUCUGAAGAAUUUCAUGGAGGCAGACCGAGAGCUCUUCGACAACUGUUCGUCCAAGCAUCGAAAGCAGGCAGAUGAAGCUGACAAGAAGGAUGCCAAGAGGGAACAACGUUGGGCUGCCCUGCAGGCGAUGCAUGAUCGUGCACACCCUGAAAGGGUGAGGUCGGCCGCAAUACAGACCAAGAGGCAAGACAGGGACAGGGAGGUCAAGGAGAGUGGCAGGCCACAACUGCUUGAGGAGGUGAUUUUAAAACCAGAUUCCAGCUGUGCCCUUGCGCUCAGUUGGGAUUGGGCUGAUGAACCCAUGAAGCAGCAACUGCUGCUCAAGGCGCUGCUCGUGAACACGGAUGGCAAGAUCGUGGAUGCGGUCCACACUCGGAACAUCACGUGCUUUCAGUCGGCGGUGAGGCUCACGGCCAGAGCACCGCCUCAGAGUCAGAAGGACGCUUGCUGUGGCACCAUAUGGGUAUCUUUGGACAUACUACCGGUGGAUGUGGCUAUGAUCAUCUAUGUGGUGACUCCGUCUACGCACACACUGCUAGGCGAAAUUGCCCACAACAUGUCUGUGGCAGUCGACUUCAACGGCAAUGCAAUGCUCGGUGAGAUCAAUGCCGAGCCGCCUCCAAACGCCAAGAUGGGAGUAGUAGCCUACUUGAAGCGAUUGGACUGGAGCAGUUGGAGUUUAGUUCCAAAGAUCGACUGGACACAUGCCGAGCACUUCAUGGAUGCUGGAGAGAUGCUGAACAAAGUGGUCAAGGAGGUGCUUCCUUCGAUCCCGAAGAAGCAGCGAGCGCAAGCCUCUUUCGUAGCGAUGUCGAAAGGGUCGGUGGCCGACUGCCCUGUCUUCCACACAGCGAAGGGCACACCCGCUCGAGUCUUCGUGGGCGUUGGCUGGGAUUUCUUCGACGACAAAACUUCAAAGAUUGACGUUGCGUUGGUCUUCUUUAGUAUGGAUGGUCACCAUAUUUCAACAGUCUCCAAGGAUGGUGAAACGAUCAAGGGAGCCUUCCACACAGGCCAUGGUGCUCUUUCCGCCGGAGUGUUUGUAGAAUUUGACUUGCUCCCGAUCGAGGUCUCCGUGGCGUUCCUCGUGGCACACGUGAGCACCGAGGGGAGUGACUACAGCACGGUCCAGCAGCCGCACUGCACGGUCAUUGAUGCCCAAGGGCGCGAGAUCUUGAGAUACUUCAUGCCCGAGGACAAGCGAAAGCCAUCUGGCCAAACUGGCCUCAUCAUGGCACGCAUGUUUUGGAACCAGUUCCACGAACGUUGGAGUUUUCAGGCAUUGGGGAACUACUGUGGUGGAUCCUCUUGGUCCGACUCAUUGGAAGACAUGAAAGCGCUGGUGACCAUUCCACCCAGUCAUUUUCAGACCUUGCUCAUUGAGGAUGAGGAUUCAGUGAUGCGGGGUGAUCAUCGUUCCACCACAGCAGCAAGUUCUUCAGCUCAGAGUGUCAUCAUGUCAUUGUGAGACCUUGUGAGAUGAGGCAAAGUAGGAAGGCAGCUCUCCCUGAACUCAGACUAUGUCAAGUUCACUUCUCACUCUGAACAACCCUCAAAGGUGGUCAAGAA